CCCAGGACUGAGUUGCGUUCCCGCUCUUUGCUCCUUUGUUCCCCUUGGUCCUUCAGCCUAACCGCCUUGAAGCCCAAAAUAGAAUCCUUCAGGUUUUUACCCUGUCGGUGACAAAAUCCGAGAAAAGACUCAAAGCCAACUGCAAAAGAAAGAUCUGCAGAUACGGAACUCGUUUGCCUGCCAAGUAGGAACUAUGGGAUGUAUAAAAUCAAAAAGGAAAGACAAUCUGAAAGACGAUGGAAUAGAUUUGAAGACUCAACCAGUUGCAGACUCUCAGCUUUUACCAGGACAGAGGUUUCAAAAUAAAGAUCCAGAGGAGCAAGGAGACAUCGUGGUCGCGUUGUACCCCUAUGACGGCAUCCACCCAGAUGACUUGUCCUUCAAGAAAGGAGAGAAGAUGAAAGUCCUGGAGGAGCAUGGAGAAUGGUGGAAAGCUAAAUCCCUUUCGACAAAGAGAGAAGGCUUCAUCCCCAGCAACUAUGUAGCCAAAGUCAACACCUUGGAAACGGAAGAGUGGUUCUUCAAGGAUAUAACGAGGAAAGAUGCAGAAAGGCAGCUUCUGGCACCAGGGAACAGCGCUGGAGCUUUUCUUAUCAGAGAAAGUGAAACAUUAAAAGGAAGUUACUCUCUGUCUGUCAGAGAUUAUGACCCUGUGCAUGGUGACGUUAUUAAGCACUACAAAAUCAGAAGCCUGGACAAUGGGGGUUAUUACAUCUCCCCACGAAUCACUUUUCCUUGUAUCAGUGACAUGAUUAAGCAUUACCAAAAGCAGUCAGAUGGCUUGUGCAGAAGAUUGGAGAAGGCAUGCAUUAGUCCCAAACCACAGAAGCCGUGGGACAAAGAUGCCUGGGAGAUCCCCCGGGAAUCCAUUAAGCUGGUGAAGAAGCUCGGCGCCGGGCAGUUCGGGGAAGUCUGGAUGGGUUGCUAUAACAACAGUACCAAAGUGGCUGUCAAAACCCUGAAGCCAGGCACAAUGUCUGUGCAAGCAUUCCUGGAAGAGGCCAACCUCAUGAAGACCCUGCAGCAUGACAAGCUGGUGCGGCUGUACGCCGUGGUCACCAAGGAGGAGCCCAUCUACAUCAUCACCGAGUACAUGGCCAAGGGCAGUUUGCUGGAUUUCCUGAAGAGCGACGAAGGGGGCAAAGUACUGCUUCCAAAGCUGAUCGACUUCUCUGCUCAGAUCGCGGAGGGAAUGGCGUACAUUGAGAGGAAGAACUACAUCCACAGGGACCUACGAGCCGCUAACGUCCUGGUCUCCGAGGCCCUCAUGUGCAAAAUCGCAGAUUUUGGCCUUGCUCGAGUGAUUGAGGAUAACGAGUACACAGCCAGGGAAGGUGCUAAGUUCCCCAUUAAGUGGACAGCUCCAGAAGCAAUCAACUUUGGAUGUUUCACUAUUAAGUCUGACGUGUGGUCCUUUGGAAUUCUCCUGUACGAAAUCGUCACCUAUGGGAAAAUUCCCUACCCAGGGAGAACGAACGCCGACGUGAUGACCGCCCUGUCUCAGGGCUACCGGAUGCCCCGCAUGGAGAACUGCCCGGACGAGCUCUACGACAUCAUGAAAAUGUGCUGGAAAGAAAAGGCCGAGGAGAGGCCCACGUUCGACUACCUGCAGAGCGUCCUGGACGACUUCUACACGGCCACAGAGGGCCAGUACCAGCAGCAGCCUUAGGGCCCAGGGGACUCAGGCCACUCACGGGACGGCUGCCUCCUUAGGAAGGAAAACGUAACAAUCCCUGCUCACUAGUUAUUUCCUGGGCUGGGGUCACCGGCCACCCCUGCUUCCCACACACAAGGCUAACACUCAGGAAGAACACCCCCCAUGGGAAAGGAUUCUGCUCGCAAGGGCCACUGCCCACCAGUGCGUGGCCUGGCCUACUCCCCGUGGGCAGUCCGGCCUCGCUAGACCAACCUCUGGACACGGGCUUCUGAGAAGACAACACCUGUCCCACCAAAAGUGCACCCAUGUCGGCCUCAUGUUUACAAGGGGGUGUGUGACUCAGAGGUUCAGAGGCCAUUUCAGUAAAUCCCAGGAGCACAGCUAAACUCAUUUAUGAAAGUAAAAUAACAUGUGCCUUUCAUGACGCUUCUUUGUAUUUUCUCUAUGCUUUAGCUUCUCUGUUUAAAAAAAACAAAUUUACUAAUCCAACCUGUUAGAUUUUGCAGGUGAAGUCAGAAGCUUCAGUGUCGUUCCCAGAUUUCAGUGAUCUCCCACCCCCUGCAAUCUGAAACUGUUCAGUGUUUCCUUCGGUGGAGGCCGCUCAGAACCCCAGCUGGGAAAAGGGGUCUCUUUCCUUGAAAGCGUCACCUGCAAACAGACAGGGCAGCCGUGUUAAGCGACAUGGACCGCCCCCCGCAGCAGCCAGGGUUUGCCCAGACCACCCUGGAAAGGCGCUUUAGAAACUGCUCUGCCAUAAGAAGGAAUACUUUUUAACGGUUCAGCUUUUCAAAUCCACAAUUUCCUGUAUCCAGACUUUUUUGGACAAUGUAGUUUGGAAGAACAAUAAGAUUCUGAUCGCUGCAGAAACUUCUAGGGCCUUACAAAACAUCAGAAUUUUCUUUAUUGCUUCAAGUGAUUUUGAAUAUUGUUUUAAUGAUCAAGUUCAUUUUAGUCAAACUCUAGAAAGUAACAAUGCCAUAUUUGGGGGCUAUUUCUGUGAUUCAGCAAUCUUUUCUAAAUUGUGUAAGGUCUGUGUGAGACUAUUUAUAUGAAGAUAUGAUGGAAAAUAAAUGAGUCAGGAGGCUCCACUGAGCCACUGGAGCAAGAGA